AUUAAUCGUUUAUUCCCAGAUGCUUUGUCAUUCCCUUUUUUUAAUUCUAGUUAUUGCUAUGGGAGGGAUAGAUUUCUUCGUGAUAUGACAAAAUUUGAUCCUUUUCAAUCUUUUUUUAGUAUCGGAAGGAAAAAGAAAGAAAAGAUGGAUUGGGUUGAACCUCAGAGUCAUUAAAAAUUUGGUAAACCCCAUUUUUGAAAAUAGAAAUUCAAUUUAAAGGGGUACCCAAGCUAAAUAAGGCCUCAGAAAUCAGAGCAUAGAAAAGGCGGGGCUGGCUAAUUAAAUGAAAGGAUUUCGAACCAAAAUCUUUGCUAAUUCGACAAGGAUUGUAUUCUUUAAUUAUUUCUCUAUUUUUUAUUACUUAAUUUAAGAAUAAAAAAAUUAUUCUAAUGAAUUUUAUUCUUCUUCUUCGGAUUCAAAAUAGAAGAAUAAAAGAAUAAGUAGAAGAAUUAAGUUAAGUCAAUCCAAAAAGAAAAGGAGGUUCAUGGCCAAGGGAAAAGAUGUUAGAAUCAGAGUUAUUUUGGAAUGCAUCAGUUGUGUUCGAAAAGGUGCCAAUGAGGAAUCGACGGGGAUUUCUAGAUAUAGUACUCAAAAGAAUCGCCACAAUACACCCGGACAAUUAGAAUUCAAAAAAUUUUGUCGUUAUUGUCGCAAGCAUACGACUCAUCACGAAAUAAAGAAAUAGGAACAUCGUGUGUUCGAUCUUUCCAAACAACAGAAAGAGUAAGAACUUCAUAUUUAAUAUAUAAAGAAAACAUAGUAUAGAAUACAAAAUACAAAUCAACUCAUCUGAUUUCCGGUAGAUAUUAUUUCAUAUGUAUAGAGGGUAUUCAUAUACUAUAAUAUGAAUCAAAUAAGAUAUGGAUCAAAGAAAAACUACUUCUUCUGGAUCCUAAAUUAAUAAAAUAAAGAAUUGAAUUUUCAAAUUUUCAAAUUUUAAAUAAGGAAUAAAUCAUGUAUACAUCUAAACAACCUUUUCUUAAAUCUAAGCAACCCUUUAGUAAAUCCAAGCAAACUUUUAAUAAAUCCAAGCAACCCUUUCGUAAAUCCAAGCAAACUUUUCGUAAAUUCAAGCAACCUUUUCGUAAAUCUAAACAACCUUUUUGUAGGCGUCCCCGGAUUGGCCCGGGAGAUCGAAUUGAUUAUAGAAACAUGAGUUUAAUUAAUAGAUUUAUUAGUGAACAAGGAAAAAUAUUAUCGAGACGAAUAAAUAGAUUAACCUUGAAACAACAACGAUUAAUUACUCUUGCUAUAAAACAGGCUCGUAUUUUAUCUUUCUUACCGUUUCGUAACUAUGAGAACGAAAAGCAAUUUCAAGCCCAGUCAAUUUCAAUAAUUACAGGUUCUAGACCCAGAAAAAAUAGACAUAUUCCUCAAUUAACGCAAAAGUACAAUUCCAAUCGAAACUUAAGAAACAACAACCAAAAUUUAAGAGACAACAACCGGAACUUAAGUUCCGAUUGUUGAUGUUUUAUUCGAAUUCGAAAGGGCCAGACCUAUAUAUAUUAUAAAGAAAGUAAUCUAGCUCGUUGAUUCCUACCACUUAAUCUUAAUUUAUUGUAUCUUCCCGGAGUUCCCUCUCCGGGAAUUCAACUUUUAUUAUUCCAGUAUAUUACUUUAUUUAUACCUUUAAUUGAUGAUCUUUAUUUUAUUGGAAAUCGUGUAAAGAUUAUUUGGAUUUGAUACAGCUACUUGUGCAAGCAUUUUACGAUUAAGAAUCAAUUUCUUCUUGUACAUGUUGUGUAUUAAUUUACUAUAACUAUCGAAUACUUUAUAUACCCGCGUUGCUGCGUUUAUCCGAGUGAUCCACAAACGACGAAAAUCCCUCUUUUGCCUACCUCUAUCUCGAUGAGAGGAAACAAAAGCUCUUUUUACCUGUUGGGUAAUCAUUCGAUUAAGUCUUAAAUGAGCCCCUCUAAAGUUUGAGGCAAAUGAACGCAUUUUUGUUCGUCGUCUCCGGGCUAUAUAUCCUCGCGGAACUCUGGUCAUUGAAUCAAAUUAACCUUAAUGAAUAACUAAUGAUUUCUCUUCUUUUGGCCACCCUUUUUCUCAUUAAUAACAAAACUAAUUAUUCCGAUAUAUAAAAUAUUAAUUCCAAUGGCUUUUGCUAUAGUAACCUUCCCAACCACGAUUUUUUAUUCCACUCCGUUCAGUUAUUUCUAUACGAAAUAACAAAUUCAUUCUAAUAAUACUAAAAAAAUAGUGGGUUCCAUCGUUUCUAUGGUUCCCUUUUAAACGGUGAGGCCCUCUCUAUACACCGGAGCCCUUUCUUUCAUCAAAAGGUAUUGCGAACUUGUAUAGUCCACAUUCUUUGGCUCUACCUAUCCAUUAUAGAGUAAAUAGCUCUUUUCACAAUAAGAGUUAUCCAUACAGUGACGGUAUUUAAUUAUGAAAGUUGGCUAAGUAGCUGACCCUGUUAGUCCGUUCUUUUAAGAUAAAGGAGCAUAAGCCUUUUUCUUUUUAUUACUAUUUCCUCCGCUUAAUGGAUAACCAUUUGCUACCAAUGGGAGAAUUGCUUCUUAUUUCCAAUUUAGAUAAUUGGAUUUGCACCAAAGGAAACCAUAAAUUCCAUAUACCAUAGAAAUCUAGUAUAGAGAAGCUAUAUCCUAUUCAUUGGUACUAAUCAUGGAUACUUCAAUUUUUUUUAUAUUUGUUUGAAGUCAUGAUCUGAACGAGUCGCACAUACACCCUAGCACAUGUUCCUCGACGCUGAGGGCAUCCUUUAAGCGCGGCCGUUUUUCGAGCAUUUCGUAUUGGCUGUCUUGCGUUUCUAAUAAGUUGUUUAACCGUCGGCAUGUUGUAUGUAUAUAGAAAAAAAUGGAUUGGUUUAGAUCCAUCUUAACCUGAUGAUUGCUCAUCAUGAAGUCUUUCUAUUUUCUAUUAAAUCGAUGAAAACACGAAUUUAGCUGUGAAAUAACUUUACAAGAAAUCCGGACACUACCAAUCCUUAAACAUUUCUGGAAACCACACUGGAUCAGUAUCGCAGUGCUUGUCAAUCAUUUCAUCCCCUACAAUAUCGACAAGUCCAUAAGCUUUGGCUUCGUCUGCUGACAUAAAAACAUCCCUUUCCAUGUCUUCGGAUACAACCCAAAAAGGCUUGCCUGUUCUUACUGCAUAAACCCUUGUGAUCAUUUCGCGAACUUUGUGUAACUCUUCUACUUCUAGUAAAAAUUCUGGUGUCCUUGCCCGAUAAUAAGCACUAGCAGGUUGGUGAAGCAUAAUCCUCGCGUGAGGGAAUGCUAUACGCUUGGUGGGUUCUCCUCCAAGCAGAAUGAAGGACGCCAUGGAGGCGGCUAUUCCGAGGCAUAUUGUAUAUAUAUCUGGUGUCACCGUUUGCAUCGUAUCAAAAAUAGCCAUUCCUGAGAUUGGCCACCCGCCUGGGGAGUUUAUAAACAAAAAAAUAUCACUAAUUCCAUCUUCUAUACUCAGAUAUACCAUGAGACCUGCAAUAUGAUUCGUGAUCUCGCAACGAAUCUCUUGACCUAAAAAAAGUGUCCUUUCUCGAUACAUAACAUUGUAUAAGUCAACCCAAGUCGCUUCUUCAUCUCCAGGAAUCCGGUAAGGUACUUUUGGAACACCAAUGGGCAUAUUAGAUUAAUAUUAUUAAAUUUAAGUAAGAAAACCACACUUUAAUAUGGAAACGUAAGAAUGGAACAGAAAGAAAGAACCGCAGUUUAUUGUCUUAAUUUUUAUUCUUAUUCUAUAUGAAUACUAUAGAUUCUAUUAAUACGUAGAUUGAAAGGUUAUACAUAUAAGGAAUGUAAGACAGAUUGAAUAAAG